ACUAGCACACUAGCGAUUUCCGGGUUCCGUACAGGCCGGUACGGCGACGAUGAGAGUCUUUUUUACAAUGUUCCAGUUCCUGGCGCAACAAUUGACAGGAUCAAUGCUAGCGAGCCCCGGACUGUCGCCACUGUGCGAGCCGGUGGGGUAGUAGCUCUUCUGAGUCACAUCACACAUUCGUUUGUUCUACCCUUCGCACCGCCUGUCACGUACUAACUUCAGGAACCUUGUUCGGCAAUGGAAGAUACCUCCUUCGCGUAUUCACAAGCCACGACUCGUGCCCGUGCUCGAAAGAAUCGAAGAGGUAAUGGCAGACGCGAACAGCCCUUGCUGAUAGACCUCGUAGAUCGUUGCAAAGCGGAUAUUGAAUCCAAUGGCUGGAUAACGACUUGUCUGGGUCUCUUACAAGACGCCCUGCAGAGGACUAAUCUAUCAUGUCCUGAUGUGCUGUGUCUUGGUUUGGGAAGUCCCUCAUCGUCCCGUGAGGCCCGAGCGCAACUGGCUUUCCUCAUCAGCUCAUGCACCAUCUUGGAAAUAGGUCCAUCAAAUGUGUCCGUAUAUGAUCCAGUGUUUACGGAUGCAGAUAAGGCAUUAUUCCAGAGCUUCGGGAUGCGAUGUUUGCCAGACACAGACGGAAAGCAUGCGGUAGAACGUCCAACAAUCCUGUAUAUGCCGCAUUGUGACCUCAAGCUGUACGAAAACAUUAUCGGUGCUAAUUGGUCAGAAGAGCAACUGGCGCGCAUCAUCUUCAUUGCGAACCGGUUCAGCGAUUACACCGACAACCACCCCCAGUCAAAGUUAGAAGUCGAAUCUCCGUAUUUGAUGCGUUUAGUUCCUCACCUCGAGUGCCACUCUCUUCCCGCAUUAGAAAGCUUCUCUUCGGCGUUCAAUAACAUUUCGGUCCAACACGUGAAGCACCCCAUUCCGCACGGUAGCGUAAUGUCGUGAGAAGGAGGGUUCAAGUUAUUCCCCGUGAUGGUCACUCCUGA